AUGCCAAUCACCAUCCUGCCGCCAGCUGCCGCGGCGUCCGUGUACGCCCGCCCGGAUUCCGACGAGGAGGACGGCGCCUUCGACUCCGAUGGUGACGUCGACAUGGAAGGUGCGACCCGUGCCUCGAAACGGGCCCGCACUUCGCACAAAAGCAUUGUCACCCCUGGAGAGACGGUGACGAAUGACCCCCAGUGGAUGCGAGGUCACGGCACAUACGUCCCCGACGACAGCACUGAAAUCGUUUCCACGGUCGCUGGCACAGUCCUGAAGACGAACAAGCUCCUCUCCAUCACACCCCUCCGCACUCGUUACAUACCAGAAAUUGGCGAUCUUGUCGUCGGCCGCAUCGUCGAGGUUCAGUCUAGGCGUUGGCGCGUCGAUAUCUCGGCCCCACAGCUCGCCGGUCUCCCUUUGUCUGCUAUCAACUUGCCUGGUGGUAUCCUGCGUAAGAGAACGGCGGUAGACGAGUUGAACAUUAGGACUUUCUUCACCGAGGGAGACCUGCUGGUAGCUGAGGUUCAGACCAUCCACCAGGACGGGGCUGCGUCGCUACACACAAGAAGCUUGAAGUACGGAAAGCUGCGCAACGGAUACUUCUUGGCUGUAUCCGGCACGGGCGGCGGCGGCGGUAGACAAGGUGGCGUUGCUCGGUCGAGACGCCAGGUCUUCACGCUAAGCACAAGCCGUGGCGGAGAGAUUGACAUUGUCCUCGGCGUCAACGGCUAUAUUUGGAUUUCGAAACAUGUGGAGCCUCCCAAUGCGGGUAAGGAUGUGAGCAUCACUCGCAUAGAAGAGAGCGUGUCGAAGGAAGUUUACUCGAGUCAGAACGAUGACAUCGACGUUGAGACAAGAAGAGAGAUUGCCCGAGUUGCCGGAGUGAUACGAGCCCUUGUCGAAUCAGGCGUCCGUGUCGAUGAAGACACGGUUGUGAAGGGUUACGAGGCCGCCCUGGAGCUGGAGUUCGAGGAGGCGGGCGACGGAAAACAGGGAGCAUACUACCUCGGAGGGGAACGGGGAAGAAGGAUUGUGGAGAUUGCUCUCAGCAAUGCUUGA